GGUGCGCGCUCCCGUGUGCUCAUCUUCAUCAGUUACUCCGAGUAUCUCCUGCUCUAGUCUCAAGAAUGAAUGUAGAGUGACGGUAUGAUGUCAGAAAUGUAGUAGGCUGUUUCCCGACAUAAGGGGCAGGCCCUCGAGUUCAGCAUCCAGCGCUGCUCAUGGCUAGACGAAGUUGUUAUUGAUUGUGGCGGAGGGCCUGGCACGGAGUGUCAGGCGGACAUCUCGUUGUUGCGCGCCCAAGCGACCAAGUAAGAAAUCUACAUUGACUUAGCGUUUCUCAGAAUAGUCUGACCUGAAUCUCUCGUUUAUGCACUGAACUGGAAAUGAGAAAUGUCACAACUGGUAGCUCCGAAUGGUCUGAUAGCAUGUAAACACAGCACAACUACAUGCUUCCCUUAAGCUUAAAGUCAGAAGCCAUGACACAGCAUGUGGAAGAGGAGUUUGGACAAAGCCUGGAAAAUGCAAAAGCCUGGAUGCAAGCCGUCCAAGAGAGGUUGAGAGUUAAUGACAAUACACGUGGUCCAAAAGAACAGCUAGAAGCUAGGCUAAGACAAACAAAGGAAAUCUAUGAGUCAGAAAUUGAGGGAAUGAUGAAGAUGGAGAUUGUGUACAAGGCAGGAAAAGAACUCCAGGAGAUCGGCAAUGAAGACAAACGGCAUGAGACCAUCUGCAAGCUGAAGAACAUCAAAGAGCAUUGGGAAGAAACAAGAACAUACAUAAUUCACUGUCACAGUCGCAUUGAGUGGGUCUGGCUUCACUGGAAUGAGUAUCUGAAAGCCUAUGAAGAAUUUAGUUUAUGGCUAGCAAAGAUGAAUCUGGAGUUGGAGCCCAACCUACAGCUCCAAUUGGGCUUGAAAGAGAAAUGCUGGCAGCUGGACCACCAUCACAUUUUGCUGAAAGUUAUCCAUAACCACAGUGAUGUUCUUAACAGGCUGCUAGAUGAAGCAGCUUGUCUCCACAGUAUUACUGAAGACGCCAGUAUGAACGAUGAAGUGCAGAAGAAACUUGAGGCCAGUUAUGAAGAUAUUAACAGUAAAGCUCAGGAAAGAGUAUUAUUACUUCAAAAAAUUGUAGAAGAACACAAAAGUUACCAGCAGAGAGUUGAAAAGUUCCAAAACUGGAUAUUGUCAAAAGCUGAUGAGGUGAACAAGUGCUUUGAAAUGAAAGGCAGGAUGGAUGAGAAGUUAAUGAGACUGCAGCAUGUACUUGGGAGUAUCAACAAUGAAGAGAAGACACUGCAGGAUAUUGAAAGAAUGGCGGCUGCCGUAAAAGAGAAUACCUCUCCAUUGGGGGCAGAGAGGAUCAGCAAACGACUGGAGGAGUUGAGAAUUUCCUGGGAAGAACUGAGACGCCUCUGCAAGAUAGAGAAAGGAAGACUUGAGGCUGUCGUGCAGUGUGAAUCAGAAAAUACAAAAAAAGUUUCUAAGCUGAAGCUGGACACCGCAGCAUUCAGAAAAAGAGUCCAGAAGUUAAAUGAUGGUUUACAGGUUUCUGAUCAGGAAAGAACACAAGAAGAAAUGAUAAUUUUGUUACAGAAAAUGCUGCAAAUAAGGGGUAAUAUUGCAGAUGAAGAAUCCACUGCUGAAAGGCUUAAGGCUCAGCUGAAGGAGGUUUUCCAGUUUUCCCAGGAUGUACAGGUCCAAUCUGACGUUCUAGCUGCAGUAAAAGAAUAUCAGAGUGUGAAGCGCAGGGCAUUUACACUCUAUGCAGAAAUGGAGACAAGUCUGUGGUGGCUUUUCCAGGUCCCUCUUCGUGAUUUUUUACACUGGAAAUCUGCAGUACUGACAACACUGUCUGUCCCUGAAGAUCAGACAUCAUUCAUUGAACAUCUAAAGCAAGUUAAGUUUUUAGUACAACAGAGCUUUCAUCUUAAGGACAGGCUUAGGUUCCUUUCUGAGAAACAAGAUUUGCUCAGCAGCAUCUUUGAUAAGAAUGACGUUGAAAGCCUGAGGUUACACACUGACAGAACCUUAAAAGAGAGGGAAGAACUUCAUGCUCGUCUCCUCCAGUGCAAAGACCAUCUGGAGACUUCAGCAUCAAAAGCACAGGAUUUCAAAUUAAUGUUCAAAUCUAUCCAGAAGAGCUUGUCUACUUUCAAGGACCGAAUUGCAUCCGAAGGGAAUCUGCAACCAGAUAUACUGACCAAAAAGGCUCAGAAAGAGCGGCUUCAGGUGAUCCACAAAGACUUAAUAGACUUUGAGCCAAAUAUUCUCAAGAUGCAAAGUUUUGUAUCAGAAUAUCCAUCCUACAAAUAUCAGUUUGCUCAACUUUUAGCCGAAUGGAAGACUCUCAAUAAUAGUCUACAGAAAUCUCUACAGGAAUGUGAGAAAUCAGUCAAUGACCAUGAACAUUUUCGUGAGAGGUUGUUGAGCCUUCAGCAGUGGAUGAUGAUAAUACAGCAGAAACUAGAGCCCUAUAAAAGUGUAAAUGGUGACAGGAGUACUGAAAAUCGUGAGGGCUGAAUUAGAAAAAUACUGUCUGAAUUUCCUGAAAAGGAGAUGUACCUUCAUGAGACUGAUGUGCUGGGACUAUCGGUGCAGGAAAAUACAUCUGCUGAAGGACAAGUACACAUACAAAGAGACCUGAAGGAACUGAAACAAUCAUGGGCUUCUCUACAAGCACUGAUCUUGCAUAUCAAUAGCUUAAUUACAAAACUCAGAGUUGAAGAAAAAAUUCAGAAUGAAGGAAAAGUGGACCUACGACAUCUACUGCAACAAAGACUGCAGAUCUCCAUGCAAGUCAGUGAUGUUGCUUCCCUGGGCAGUGAUUCCAAAAACACUUUGAGCAAUGAAGAUAUUUGCAGUGAACAAAUUUCACUUGAAGGAACGCCAGGAGUAGAGAUAGGAGUCAGCAGUUCGACGAGUAAUACCUCAACUGGAGGUAGAGACCAAACUGUGCCAGAUGUAGUUGAUGGGCCCUUUUUGAAUAAACAGCGACCUUUGCCAAGAAUUAGCAAUUUUGAGAAUUAUUUAAAGCUUAAAGAGCAGUUUGAACAAUGGUUAAAUGAAAGGAUGCAUAAAUUAAACAAGAUAUUAAUACGAACUAAUCUUCUGACUGAUAAAGAGUUGAAAAGCAAACAACAGGUUAUUAAGAAACUGCAAUCAGAAGUUCCUGAGGGACAGAAUCUCUUCCAGUCUCUAUUAAAUGCUAAAGGACCAGAGAUUGGUGAAGAUACACACUUGGAGGGUUUGCGAUACAAAUGGAUGCUCUACAAAUCUAAACUUAAAAGUUCAGCUAAUCUUAAAUCUGUUACACUUACCCAAGUGGAGAAUCGCAUUGACACAGGAAAGUUUGAAAAUGUUUUUCAGAAGCGCUCUGGAUUCUGCCCCUUCCUGUAUCGUGUCUGCUGUGCAGCGUUGCCCUUGCAGCUCUUGCUCCUCUCUCUCUUGCUCCUGGCAUUCCUGCUACCACUAGUUGAUGAAGGAUCAAGCUGUUCGCUGGCUAACAACUUUGCCCGUUCCUUCAACCUGAUGCUGAGAUAUGACGGUCCUCCUCCUACCUAACUCCUGACAGCCACAAUGUGUAUGUUUGGGUAGCCUGUGGUCAUUGACAUUCCACACCCUUUCACAUUUUAAAAGGUAGUGGGAUUUCUGAUUUCAGCUGUUGUAAACCAUCUCACGUGUUCUCCUAUGACUGAUUUCUGUAAAGAUCACAAGAUUAAUCUUCAAGACCUGCCUCAACCUCCUGUGUAUGAAGACUAUAUUGACAGUUCACACCAGUGUAUAAUUGCUGGAUAAUAAGAAGAAAUUGGGGCCUGAGAUUUUUGACUAUCUCUCCGUCACCCUCUCUUUCCUUCCCCAAGAUGUUAAUAUAAUUAUGUGCGAUUUUAAAGGAAUAUGUGAUAAUAGGUUAUAUGCACACACUCUUUCGGAUUCCACAUCAGCCAGCUGCUGUACUUCUGGCACUGCUCUCAAAACAGGGUAGCUAUGGUGUUUUUCACCAGAUCACUUCAAGAUGUGCCCAAACUUAUGGUAAACAACACAAGAUGUAUUUUUCAAACAUUGUGCCAAACGUCAGGCGCUAAAAAGAAGGGCUUCAUACUAUAUGUUUCAAGCUACAUCCACCAAUAUAAAGGGUUAUAAAUUUGUGUCUACUGUGAACUUACAUGGGACAAAUAUUUGAUUACAUUAGCCUUCUUUAAAAAAGCAGAAUUUGAAGAAUUAGUCAUUAAACUUUUUCAGGGAUAGGUGAAUAUUUAUGUAAGCUUAUUACUUCAGUGGCGCUGGACAAGUUAUAUCAGCCAGGGAUGAGGCAUUACAUCAUCAAUAGCAGGAGCGCCUAUGAAAAUGGCAACUCUGCACAGUCGCACGCUCUUUUUCCAACUAGUACGGCCAAAGGGAAUCAGUCCUUUUAAAGAUUGUGAGCCACCUCAAAGCGCUGUAUAAAGAGAAGAGAAACCAUCCAUUGUAGCGCUUGGCAUAACGUGAGUCUGCUGGACAUCUUACCUUGUUAAAAAGUGAUUUGUGUCUGUCUGAACCAGUAAAAUGGUGAAUGCCAAACUGCUUCUUCAUUGUAAGGGUCUCAAUUUGUUUCCUCAGUUGGAGGAUCUCCUCUCUGAGAGACAUGUAUUCAUCAAGUGCUAGGUCAAUGACUGCUGGCUCCAGAGCCAAAGCGCAGUCGUGGUCCUUGAGGAUUUUAUCAUUCUCCUCCUCUUCCUAUCUGUACUCUGAAACUUGAGCUUUUUUUUGUCAGACGUUUUCACCACUAAACAAAAAUCACAACUGCAAUAUGGACAAUGGAAGUGACUGAGCUGAAGUCCAUCACCACUACUGUGUGCAUAUAGCCUAUCGUCAGUGAAUACAGUAGAUUUUUGAUGAAUCCUUGUAAAGUGUGUUGUUUCCAGGUUUUCUUUGAUUCAACUGAUAAGAAAGAAGAGAAAGCCCUAUAUCCCCAUAGAUAAUUCCCUUGUUCAGGUUACGGUCAUCCCCUUUACACUUCCAGUCUUUUGGCCCAUUUUAUUCCAAAAAUUGCUAGAAUAUGAACUAUGCCAAGAGUGCUAGAUUUUCUAAACUGUGCAUUACUUUUCCAUACAUCCUAAACCCACAACAAUUAAUUGUCAGAACUCCUACAGGGUUAAUGAAGGGGAUCACAUUACAAAAGCAAAAUUAAAGGAAUGGUCUUUUUUCCUUUUUGGCUAGGUGACUCAGAGUGCUGCACAAUGCAUUUUGAUGUGAUGGGUCCAGCAUAUAAGACAUGUUUUAAGCGUCUUAUAAGCCUAUAACUUUUUCUUUGAAUUUUUCACAGCAAAUCAGCCUUUGUUGCGGUUGUUAUUUCUCCUGUUGUACUUUUUGCAUGUUUCAGUGUAAACUCCUCCUUACAUGCACUAAAUGCAUCAUAACAUAUGUAGUGUUGAUUGCAUAAUCAGUAGGCUCUUAAACAAUAAGCAUUAACCUUUCCAGAUGUAUCAUAAAACAAGGAAUCACUUAAUAAUAUUACUGAAUGUUCCAGAGGUUAAUUUACAGUAUCCAUAUAAAGAUUCAUUGCUUGUUACAUUAGUGUUGACUGAGGAAACACUGGUCAUUAAUUAAGUGGGCAUUUUCAAUUUUUGCUAAAGUGAAGUACACCUUUUUAAAAUAAAAAAUCAUCUAAUUCCCGUUAAAGACAAUUGCACUGAUAUAUAACAAAAAAGAUAACUGUAAAGGUCUAGGUGUAUUCCAUCCCUAGUAAGCUGUACAGUGCAACUUGGGAAGGAAACCACUUGUCUACAUCAUCCAUUUGUGGAAUAAAUCUUUGUUAAAUUAUCAUGCUCGACAAAUGCAUAAAGCAAUAAUAACCUUAUGCUGUGUUUCUGUUAAGUCAAAAAUAAUCAUUAUGAUGGACUAAAGCUAAAAUUAGCAUAAUGUUAAAAAAAAAAAAAACAUGACCGCAUUGUUUAGAUUCUAUUAGACUAUUUUUUGGUUAAGUCCUAUAUAUAAUAUAAAUUGUUUCGUCCUUCUCAGUAAUACUAUGCAAAAAUGCUAAAUGUAAUAUUAUAUUUAACUUUGCUCUGGUAUGAAUUUGUAUUAUGUAAAGAUGAAAUAUAAUGAAGAAACAGUUAUAAAAUAUUUACAUGGUUAAAUGAAAUUAGUAACAAUUCAUAUAAUCUCAAAAAAAUGCACGUAAAUGCAACUAUGGAAAAAUGAUCCACACAAGUUAGUUUGAGCAAACUUGCUUAUUUUUAUACUUGUAUUGCUUUAGGAGAUAUGCUUACAUAUAUAUUUUUAAUUGCUUAAAUGAAGUUAUGAAAUACAUAUAAUAAAUUUAUAUUUUUUUAAUAGAAAAGAUAGGAGCAUUUUCAAGUAUUCGUACAGUUUUGUGAAAUCAGGCUUUUCCUAUGCAUAUCAUUAGUGAUGUCAUUUUAUUUGGACUAAAGAUGUUGGAACUUAGGCCGUUGUGCACAACUCAUAGUUUGUGUUUCUAGUUUCACUAUGUGUAUCCAUUUAUACAAAAUACCAAAGUUUUUUUCUUUUGUUUUUAUAAAUGAUUUUUUUUAGUUUUGUAUGUUUAGAAAGUCCAAGAAUUAUCAGUAAAUAUUUUUUCUCAUGAUAAAUGUUGAAUUUUAUAGAAAUGGUUAAAAAAAAAAAAAAAAAAAGUUAAGUUUUGAAGACGAAAAAUUACUAUGUGGCCCUUCACUUGUGUAAGUUAAAAAUGUAGAAACAGAGAUACUGUCGAAAUCUUUAACAUAUAUACCCUGUACUGUGCAAGGGGCAGUGCAAGUUCUCAUCCCAACACUCCCUAUAGUUCACAAAGUUGGCAGCUACUCCAUACUUUUUUCUUUUGCUCAUAUAUUUUGGAAAGUUACUUCUUGUCCCAGUGCUAAUGUUUCUUCCAUAGUGCCCAUGCCCUUUUGCUCACAUGCCUAUACCUCAUGUGGCUGGCCCAGAUGAAUGUGUCAGCACCUUUGUCAGAGGGCUCUUCAUAAAUGGCAUUUGAACAGAUUAUUAGUCCCCUCUGCCAAAUAUUAAAAGAAAAAAAUUUUUUUUUCCCACAUUGAUGAAUAAAAAUAAAUAUACUAAUGCAGUGUCUCAGCUUUUGACGCUUCAUCAUAUCCAUAUAAAUAACCAAGCAUUCUUAACCUUCAGUCUUACUCUCACAUAGAAAUAGAUAUGAGUGAUUAAAUAAUUCAACUUAUCAAGGGUUUUAUUCAUUCAGUACAGUGUCUGUUAUGACAUAACUGACUGCAUUAUCUGAAAGUUCUUUGUUCUGAGGUAUUGUACUUUAUAACUUAAGUGCUUCAGGAGAUGGGACUACUGAGACAAUAAAGAAGGAAUUAGGUUUAUAAUAUAAUUGUAUGUAAUAAAAUUAAUAAUACUCUUAAAACAGUUUAGAACCAGCAUGAGAAAUACAACUUUCAUCUACAACAUUUGAAUUGGUGCUUGUAAAAUUUUGCUGAAAGUAAUUUAAGGCCUCUAAAUUAUAUUGAGAGUAAUGUUCCCUCCCAUAAUGAAUUGUUCACAAUUGCUCACUCACUGUAUUGUUUUACCUUACAUACUGUAAGAGACUGCGGUGGGUUGGCACCCUGCCCAGGAUUGUUUCCUGCCUUGUGCCCUGUGUUGGCUGGGAUUGGCUCCAGCAGACCCCCGUGACCCUGUGUUCGGAUUCAGCGGGUUGGAAAAUGGAUGGAUGGAUGGAUACUGUAAGAGAAAAACAUUGCUUUCCUAAAUAUUUGGUGAAUCUGUAUUAAGUGUUUUGUAGGUUUGGUCUCUAGCAAUAAAUCCUGAGCAUGUUUGGUGGCAUAGAUACUGAUUAUUCAUUAAGCUAUGCUGGUUUGACAUGGUGCACUGAGACAAAAAAAUGAUCGCAAUGCUGAGAAUGUGUGCUUGAAAUAAUUAUUUCUAAGUUACUUAUGCAGUUUGCCAUUGGAGCUGAUUCUGUGGUCCAUACACUGAUUGUGUUUGUACAGUAAUGGCAUGUAAUUUGUUUAGAGCCAUCUGUUCUCUUAACAUGUGACGUUUUCUGAGCCAAUGGCUAAAUAUAUGAAUCAAAUGUGGUAAAGUCAAAUGACAGAAGAAUAUUAGGCAGCUAGCAUUCCAGGUAAAUGAAUCACCAGCCACAUUUUCUGGUAAAGCAUGUUACUGGUAUUUUAUUUCUUUUCUCUAUACAUUAAUUAUGUUAAAAUGACUUUGUCUCAUGACUUUUUUUUUAGCUGUAAAUUGCAGUAUAAAUUUGUCAACCUGUUGAUAUCCAGGAGUGAUUAUUGUAUUUAACGUCAAAUGAGUUAUAUUACAUUAGAAAAAACUUAUGAAAUGUUGCACUGCCAGAAAGGAGACUUGAAUAGUGUUGUAUAAAUAACUCAGUGUUCUUUUAACCUAUUUACUGUAUUUCUUUCUUUUUGCAAACAUUAUGCCGGUUAAGAAGGUUUUAGCCAAUUUCAGAUGUAUUUGCUCUAUUUUCAUACAAGAAUGACCAGGUAUGUCAGGUUAAGAGCUAAGCAGAUCUUUACUGUUUUAGAAGGUUUUCUUGGCAAAUGUAACUCCGCUUUUGCUGAAAUUACACUAUUGUGAUUUAUGUUAUUGUUUAUUUUUUAUUAUUUAAAUUAACGUUUCCUCCUCUUUUACAAAUAUAUUUGUUUUGAUAUAAUGUAACAUAACUCAUUAUUUUUAGUAUUUACAGUCUGCCUACUGAUUUUCUGAAUAUGCUUUAGACAUAAUACAAUGUUUCACUGUGUACUUCAAUGCUUUAUUUUAUUAAUCCUUUAUAAAAUGCAAGUGCUUGUAAAAUAUACAAAAUAUGGAACUGUUUAUAUGUUGUCAAUAAAACAUGAAAGUUUUAGACAUUAAUACACUUAGAGCACAGAAUCAUGUUAGCCACUGCUGAAUAAUAUUCGUACAUGGAUGAUUGAAAACGGUCACAGAUUAUUAAAUUGCUCAUUUUAGAACCUUUCAUAUAUUGAGGCCAUAUUACUAACUACUAAUAAAAGAGUAAGCGUUGUUUGUGGUUGUGCCACACAUUCAUAACUUACAAUAUGUAAUAUUAGACUCUAAUAAACAUGUGUUUGUAAGUGUAUUUUCCAGACUUCUGUACACAGAAGAAAGAAAAGCAUGGGAAAAAUUUCCCAAAAGCAAGGAAAAUGCAGAAGCAGCUUUGAUUGUUAUAUCACAGCUACUUACCCUUCUCAAAACCCCAUGCUUACAUGUGACGCAUAUUUCAAAGUAAUGAACCACCAGUUUUAUUCUGUGACCUCACUGCUCCGUAUUCAUAAGGUUUACAGGUGAGGCAGGUUUUAAAUUAUUCUUGAUGUUAGCUCAUGACAAUCUGUGGCACCCAUUGCUGCAUAGAAUGUAUUGCUGGCAGUGCAUACAACCAAAUAAAUUAAAAUUGCAUGUUUAAUAUUUCCUGUGGUGUAUCCAUGCAAAAGGUAUGUCCAUUAUCCAAAUGGUAUAGCAUAAAAUAUGUUGUAUUUUGGAAAUAUUUAAUUUGUAUUAUUUUAAACAAAUUCUGUUAAAUGGUAUAUUAAGUGUCUCAGAGUAUAUUAAAUGUCUGCAUGUGUUGUUUGCUUAUUUCUUGUUGACAAUAUUAGUUUUUUAAACAAAGAUUUGGUUUGUAGUUCAGUUCUCUUGACAACAAAAUAAUAAACUAUACAGACAAAAAAAA